AUGGCUGUGCCUGCAAGCCCACAGCACCCACGGGGCUACAGCAUCCUGCUGCUCACGCUCCUUAUGAAAGCUCUCGCCGCCACCGCCUGCAACCACCUUCGCCCCCAGGAUGCCACCUUCUCUCGCGACAGCCUCCAGCUCCUCCGGGACAUGGCUCCCAGCCCACCCCAGCCGUGCCCACAGCACAGCGCGCCAUGCUCCUUCAACGACACCAUCCUGGACACCAGCAACGCCCGGCAAGCCGAUAAAACCACCCACGACAUCCUCCAGCACCUCUUCAAAAUACUCAGCGGACCCAGCACUCCAGCCCACUGGGUCGACAGCCAACGCCAAAGCCUCCUCAACCAGAUCCAGCACUACACCCAGCACCUCGAGCAGUGCUUGGCGGGCAGCGACACGCGCUCCCACACACGAUGGCCUCGCAACCUUCACCUCACCAUCAACAAACACUUCAGCUGCCUCCACACCUUCCUCCACGACAACGAUUACAGCGCCUGCGCCUGGGACCACGUCCGCCUACGAGCUCGCACCUGGUUCCUGCACAUCCACGACCUCGCGGGCAACACGCGCACCUAG